GUUAACGGUUUGUAGUAUAGAAUCCAGGGGAAUUCAUACGAUUCAGUUGUGGUGGCGAAGUCGCAGGUGAUUUUGUGGUGCUAUCGGCAGGGGAUUCGCCGACAGUACUUUGUCUCGUUGAAACUUCCACGGUUAUAAUGCCUUGGAAUUUAUGAUUCUCAGAACAUGGCAAUGACAUGGCAGCAACAUGAGCAUCACAUCCUGCUAUUGUUGGUGUGCCGCCAAAACUUGCUUUGCUGCAAGAUUUGACACAAGAUCGCUUUUAUUCCUGUAACAUACUUUCCCAAAUGAAGUCAUACCAGUCUGCAGAACCAAAAACUCUGCAAGCUUUGAAGCUUCUGAUAUUGCAUUUGCAGACAUCCAACACAAGUUGCCUAUCCCGAACAUCUCCUUCUCAGCUACUCUUGGAGCACAAGUUCACACUAUGGUGUUUAUGUAGUCUGAUUUCCUUGAAAAAAACCUUUCCAAAACUUCAUUACAGAGGCACAUUUGGACAUGUCUAUAUUGGCUUUAAUAGUGAAAGUGGUGAAAUGUGUGCAAUGAAGGAGGUUACUAUGUUUUCGGAUGAUGCCAAGUCUAUGGAAAGUGCUAAGCAAUUAAUGCAGGAAAUUCAUUUGUUGAGCCGUUUAAGACAUCCAAAUAUUGUGCAAUAUUAUGGUUCUGAAAAAGUAGAUAACAAGCUUUACAUAUACCUUGAGUAUGUAUCUGGAGGCUCCAUACAUAAACUUCUUCAAGAAUAUGGGCAAUUUGGUGAACUAGCUAUUCAUAGUUAUACUCAACAAAUUUUGUCAGGGCUUGCUUAUUUACAUGCUAAAAAUACUCUUCAUAGGGACAUCAAAGGAGAAAACAUACUGGUAGAUCCAAAUGGUCGGGUCAAGGUUGCAGACUUUGACGUGGCAAAACAUAUAACAGGGCAAUACUGUCCUGUGUCGUUCAAAGGAAGUCCUUAUUGGAUGGCUCCCGAGGUUAUAAAGAAUUCCAAGGAAUGCAGCCUUGGUGUGGAUAUAUGGAGUCUUAGAUGCACAGUUUUGGAAAUGGCUACAACUAAGCCUCCUUGGUCUCAAUAUGAAGGGGUUGCUGCCAUGUUCAAAAUUGGUAACAGCAAGGAGCUCUCAACAAUCCCGGAACAUCUUUCAAAUGAAGGAAAAGAUUUUGUUAGGAAAUGUUUACAACGUAAUCCGCGUGAUCGUCCUUCGGCAAGUGAAUUAUUGGACCACCCUUAUGUAAAAGGUGUUGCACCUUUAGAAAGACCUAUUAUGGUUCCUGAAGCUUCAGACCCUAUUUCUGGAAUUACACACGGGACAAAAGCUCAGGGCAUUGGACAAGGAAGAAAUUUGUCUGCUUUGGAUACAGAUAAACUCUUAAUUCAUUCUUCCAGGGUUUUGAAAAGUAACCCUAAUGAAAGUGAAAACCACAUUCAAAGGAAUAUAUCUUGCCCAGUUUCUCCCAUUGGAAGCCCACUUUUGAGGUCAAGAUCACCACAUCAGAGAAGUGAUAGUUUGUCUCCUUCUCCUAUAUCUAGCCAUCAGGCUGCUUCUGGUGCAUCCGCACCUCUCACUGGCGGUGGCAGUGGUGCCAUUCCAUUCAGUAAUCACUUGAAACAGUCAAUUUACUUUCCAGAGUGUCUUGGAAGCAUACCGAAAUCCUCAAACUACACACACACCAACUCAAAGCCAUUCAUAACCAUACGAACUCCUCCUAAUGAAUACCAUGAACCUUUACACCCACAAAUUCAGCAUGUCCUUCUGCAGCAUCAAACGCAACGAGUUCUGCGUAAAUUCACCAAGUCUCGAUGUACUAAGAUGGCAUGAACAAAGAAGAAAAAGCUUAUCAUUUGUAUUCCUUGGGAUUCCUAGACCAGAUUGAAAUCAAACAUCAUAACAAAGCCAAUGCCGCAACAUUUUGCCUCUGAACCAAUCGCACCAAAGUCAUGUGAAAGCCAUGCCAAAUCAUCAUUUAAUUUC